AGAUACUGCUGUUCAAGAGCUGAGGUAAUUGGUUUUAAAGUCUGUUCCUUAUCUGGCAGGCACUACUCGUGUGCCUAUGCAGACGGAGGGAGCAGCAGCCAGAGACAGGGUGUCCUCACCAUGGCCUACAGCCACCCCCUGGCCAAAGUCAAGAGCAGGCUCCAGAUCCGCAGCCACCUGGUCCGACAGUGCCUGGCAGAGUUUCUGGGAGUGUUCGUGCUCAUGAUCCUCACUCAGGGUGCUGUGGCACAAGCUGUCACCAGUGGAGAAGGCAAAGGCAACUUCUUCACCAUGUUCCUGGCUGCCUCCCUAGCUGUUACGAUAGCCAUCUACGUGAGUGGUAAUGUUUCAGGGGCCCACCUGAAUCCAGCCUUCUCCCUGGCCAUGUGCCUCCUGGGACGCCUCCCCUGGGCCAAGCUCCCCAUUUACUGCCUGGUGCAGCUUCUGUCUGCUUUCUGUGCUUCAGGAGCCACCUAUGCUCUCUAUUACGGUAAUGUGGUCAGGAGCAUCUGCAUGUGGCUAGGAGUGCCUUGCAGUGAUUUUGAGCCAAUGAAGAUGGAAAUCCUGGGUGUCCUUCUCCCCUGCAGAUGCCCUACAGAACUAUACAGGUGGGAACCUGACAGUGAUGGGCCCCAAGGAGACGGCCUCCAUAUUUGCCACCUACCCUGCCCCUUAUCUGUCCCUGAACAAUGGCUUCCUGGAUCAGGUAACUGUGAAGGGAGAGUUGGAAAAGCCCCAGUCUUUGCCUUGUCCCCUCUGGCCCUGGGGAAUGUGGGGUUGGGUCUAUUUCAGCACCACCCCCAUUCCUGUAUUGGACAAAGUCAGAUGACAUGGGCUGGUGGCCUAGGAUGCUUGGGUGAGAAAGAACAGUUGGACCAUCUGGCAGCUUAUGGGGGCUCCUCUGCCUCUGUUGACCCCAAGGUUCUGGGCACAGGGAUCCUGAUUGUGGGGAUCUUGGCCAUCCUGGACACACGGAACAAAGGAGUGCCUGCGGGUCUGGAGCCUGUGGCUGUUGGGCUGCUGAUCCUGGCCAUUGGGCUAUCCAUGGGUGCCAACUGUGGGUUCCCACUCAACCCCGCCCGGGACCUGGGCCCACGGCUUUUCACCUACGUGGCCGGUUGGGGCCCUGAAGUCUUCAGUGCUGGUAAUGGCUGGUGGUGGGUGCCUGUAGUGGCCCCUCUGGUAGGGGCUACUCUUGGCACAGCCACAUAUCAGCUGCUGGUGGCUCUCCACCAUUCUGAAGAGUCAGAGCCGGCUCAGGAUCUAGAGUUUGCCCAACAUAAAGCUUCAGACUUGGAAAUUCCUGCCUCCGCUCAGUGUAAGCUAUGAUUCUGACAUUGCAGCCCUCAUCUCCCUUGUGGACACUGGAGAGGGCCAGAGACCCAGGGCUGGUGACAAGACAUUCUCUGUACCAGUUCGCUCUUCAAGCCAUCCUUUCCCCUGAACUGGGCAGGAUACUUGGACGGGGCGGUAACCCCGCGCCAGGCCCCUCCCGCUGGCCCUCCUUGCUCCCCCCCCCCCCCCCCAGCAGGUCUUGGGACAAUGAUGGCUUCCGCGGACGAAGAGCCUCCCAGUGGCCGCCA